UGGGAUGGAGGGAUGGAGGGAUGGAGGGAGAGUUGAUAAAGUCAGUCUCACAGAGUUCAGACUCUCACUUCUGCCCCGCCCUUGUCCUGCAGACUCACCGCCACGUGUCGUAGCUCGCCCACAGCGCCCCCCUGCCUGCAGACAUGUGUGAUGAUGAGGAGAGCACUGCUCUGGUCUGUGAUAACGGAUCAGGUCUGUGUAAAGCCGGCUUCGCUGGAGAUGAUGCCCCACGAGCUGUCUUCCCCUCCAUAGUGGGCCGACCACGCCACCAGGGAGUGAUGGUGGGCAUGGGGCAGAAGGACAGCUACGUAGGAGACGAGGCUCAGAGUAAACGAGGAAUCCUGACGCUGAAAUAUCCCAUCGAACACGGAAUCAUCACCAACUGGGAUGACAUGGAGAAGAUCUGGCACCACUCGUUUUACAACGAGCUGCGAGUGGCUCCGGAGGAACAUCCCACGCUGCUCACGGAGGCGCCGCUCAACCCCAAAGCUAACCGCGAGAAGAUGACCCAGAUCAUGUUCGAGACCUUUAAUGUUCCCGCCAUGUACGUAGCCAUCCAGGCCGUCCUGUCUCUCUACGCCUCGGGACGCACCACAGGUAUCGUGCUGGACUCUGGCGACGGCGUGACCCACAACGUGCCGAUCUACGAGGGUUACGCUUUGCCUCAUGCCAUCAUGAGGUUGGACCUGGCGGGCCGUGACCUCACCGACUACCUCAUGAAGAUCCUGACGGAGCGCGGCUACAGCUUCGUUACCACGGCGGAGAGGGAGAUCGUGCGGGACAUCAAGGAGAAGCUGUGCUACGUAGCUCUGGACUUUGAGAACGAGAUGGCGACCGCGGCGACCUCAUCAUCGCUGGAGAAGAGCUACGAGCUGCCGGACGGACAGGUCAUCACCAUCGGCAACGAGAGGUUUCGCUGCCCAGAGACGCUGUUCCAGCCGUCCUUCAUCGGCAUGGAGUCAGCAGGGAUCCACGAGACGACCUACAACAGCAUCAUGAAGUGUGACAUCGACAUCCGUAAAGACCUGUACGCCAACAACGUGCUGUCUGGGGGGACCACCAUGUACCCCGGCAUCGCCGACCGCAUGCAGAAGGAGAUCACCGCGCUGGCGCCCAGCACCAUGAAGAUCAAGAUCAUCGCCCCCCCAGAGAGGAAGUACUCGGUGUGGGGUCGGGGCUGGGCCAUCCUCGCCUCCCUCUCCACCUUCCAGCAGAUGUGGAUCAGCACAGAGCAUGACGAGGCCGGGCCGUCUAUCGUCCACCCGUAA